UGUGUCAACGUUGCACUCGAAGUUGAUUAAGGGUAGGCUAGAUAUUACUCGUACGGUAGCACUGCAGCGAUAGCAGCGCAAACGCGACGUCAGUUUUGUCGUCUUUCCCCAUCUGUUUGUUUCUGUCCGGCGACUCCAUGGUGUUCAGAUCUCCUUUAGAACUUUAUCCCUCACAUCUUUUCCUACCCAAUUUCGCGGAUCGCCCUUUGCUUUUAGCGGGCAGCAUUCCCAGAGCGCGGUCCCCGGAGGACUUACCGAUGUUUCAGCUACCCACCCUAAACUUCUCGGCGGAACAGGUGGCCAGCGUGUGCGAGACGCUGGAAGAGACCGGGGACAUCGAGAGACUCGGACGUUUUCUUUGGUCCUUGCCCGUGGCACCCGGAGCUUGCGAUGCCAUCAGCAAGCACGAGUCCAUCCAGCGAGCCAGAGCGGUGGUCGCGUAUCACACGGGAAGCUUCCGUGAAUUGUACCACAUCCUGGAAAAUCACAAGUUCACCAAAGACUCUCACGGAAAGCUCCAAGCAAUGUGGCUCGAAGCGCACUACCAAGAGGCCGAGAAGUUGCGCGGUCGCCCCCUCGGACCCGUCGAUAAAUACAGGGUCCGAAAGAAGUUCCCCUUGCCACGGACCAUCUGGGAUGGCGAACAGAAGACCCACUGUUUCAAGGAACGUACUCGCGGCUUAUUGAGGGAGUGGUACCUACAGGACCCAUACCCCAAUCCGAGCAAGAAAAGGGAACUGGCACACGCCACAGGACUGACUCCCACUCAAGUGGGCAAUUGGUUUAAAAACCGAAGGCAAAGAGACAGAGCAGCAGCUGCAAAAAACAGGCUGCAGCAUCACGGACUGGGUCAAAGCGGCCUGCGCUCCAUGUCAGAGUCCGGGUGCACACCGCACAGCUCGGCCGAGUCCCCGUGCGCGGCCGCCAGUCCCACUACCAGCGUGUCAAGUAUGAACGAACGGGGAGACGCCGGGACCAUUCUCUCAGUUACAGACAGUGACUCUGAUUUCGACGUAUGAUACCCCGUCAGACAAAUAUGGAACAUUUUUGCCCAGAGAAGUAUGAACUUGUGAGAAAAUGUGGGCAACAAGGCGGCCGGCCAUCUUGCCACAUUGUGUUCAACAAAAGGAGAAAAGCAUGCUGUUUUUCCAGCGCUUCAACGGACUGACGCCCUUUCCUUUCGUUUCCGAGGCCUACUUGACCAUUUUGCAUGUUCAUUUGUGAAUAUUUUGCAUUUAAAAAAGGCAUUUAUGAAGUGGAGUAGAACUCAUUGCCGCUCCCCAUGAAAUGAGUGAACCGGAGAGGCAAUAUUGUUAUUUUGUGUUUAUCAGACAAUCGUUGCAGUCAAAAGCACCUUUAUUCCCCUGUUAAGUGCUUGCAGAUCUUUUAUUGGGCAGCAGAUGUUCGUACUAAUUUUAUCUCGAGAUUUAUAUUGAAUUGUCCAUGUCCUAUUCGAAGUUUUCCUUAGAUCUAGGGUUGUCAAGACAUGCUUGUAUGAUAUCGCAAUUACGCCACUAUCUUUCCUGCAAAUUUCUUUAUGUUGUGUCCAUAAAGCUUGUGUAACUGUCUGUUAAGUGCUUGGAGAUUUUAAGUGUCUGUUCAUUCUGCUCGUUUUUAUACUGUAAAUGGGUCAAUGGCGCUGAAAACAGUGUUGUGGCUCACUUUUAUGCAAAUAAAUAUAAUUUAA